GUCCGUGACGCAGUUGGCGAAGUAGAAGCCCCGCCGUCAAUCAAAUUAGGAAAAAAAACAAACUGGACUAAAGCGAGCGCAGGCACCGAUUAAAAUGAUCAUGCUCGGAGUGUAAUUAAACGCAGAUAUCAGCAUUCUGUAAAGAACUCACGUAAUGACCGCGCCUGAAGGGCCAGUGAAAGCGGGAGUCAUGGCGGACAGCAGCAGCGCUCAGGACGGCGGCGGCGCGGAGCAGGACGGACAGCCCUCGCCGCUCGCCCUGCUCGCCGCCACUUGCACCGGCCUCGGUUCGCCCGCCCCCGGAGCAGAGCACGGGGCAAACUCUAAUAAUGCUGCUGCUGGAGGGAACGCAGACCUUUCAGUGCAGUUAACAGGGUCGUCUGAAAGGUGGGAGGCGGUAAAGGAUGAUUCGGGUGUCCUGCAUCUCCCCGGCACGGGUAUCGUCACGUCCAACGGACAGUAUGUUCUUCCUCUCCAGAGCCUCCAGGGUCUCCAGAACCAGCCCAUCUUACUCACGUCAGGGACCGACACGUCCGGCGGCGCAGUGCCUAACAUCCAUUACCAAGUCAUCCCUCAGGUGCAGACGGCCGAAGGGCAGAUGGGUUACUCUGCCUCUGCUGUCGAGGGGGCCUCGAUGGCGCAGGACGCCACAGGGCAGAUCCAGAUCCUCCCAGACGGCACCCAUACCAUCAGCGUCACGCGGACGGCAUCCGCCGACCUUCUCAGCAACAGUCAGAACCUCAUGACCCAUUCUGGCCAAAUGCACCAUAUCCCACAGGUGUCUCUGGGAAGCUCGGUCUUCAGCAGUCAGGGUCAGGUGGUCACUAACGUGCCUCUGGGUUUGCCUGGUAACAUUACCUUUGUGCCCAUAAACAGCGUGGAUCUGGACUCUCUCGGGCUCUCGGGAGCUCAGCCAAUCGCCACUGGCGUCACGGCUGACGGACAGCUCAUCAUGACCAAUCAGAGCAUGGAGAAUUCUGAAGGCUCGGAGAAAGCAGGGGAACAGCAACAGACACUCAGCUCUAAUGCAGCCGCAGACAUGUUUGUGCCUACCACAUCUUCAGCAUCCUCCUCGUCCUCGCAGCAGCCCACCAGCACGAUAGACGGCACGGGCGUGUUGACGCAGUCUGUGGCGGGAGAGCAGGGAGAUGACUCGGGCUACCUCAGUCAGUGUGCGGUGCAGGUGUCUGGAGGACAGCAAGUGAUCCAGUUACAGCAGUUGCCCUUGCAGACCGCUGACGGUCAGGUGUCUGCUCAGGCCCAGCAGUCUCUGCAAAACAUCCAGCUCAUCAACCCAGGAACAUUCCUCAUCCAGGCCCAAACAGUCACUCCGUCAGGACAGAUACAGUGGCAGACCUUCCAGGUCCAAGGAGUUCAGAACCUCCAGAAUCUUCAGCUCCAGACGGCUCCAGCUCAGCAGAUUACUCUUGCCCCGGUGCAAACGCUGUCUCUGGGUCAGGGACAGAUGCCUAACCUGCAGUCGGUGACGGUGAACGCUGUGGGCCAGACAGGCAUUCAGUUCCAGCAGUCCGAGGACACAGACAGCACUGGAGAUAUUCAGAUUAAGGAGGAGCCUGAUUCGGAGGAGUGGCCUCUGGACAGUAGCUCUACGCUGAAUGCCAAUGACCUCUCUCACCUUCGUGUUCGUUUAGUGGAGGAGGAGAUGGAGGGAUUGAACCAGGAGGGCAAACGUCUGCGCAGGGUCGCAUGCACCUGCCCCAACUGCAAAGAGGGAGGCGGGAGGGGAUCUAACAUGGGCAAGAAGAAACAGCACGUGUGCCAUAUAGCCGGCUGCGGGAAGGUAUACGGGAAGACGUCUCACUUGAGAGCUCACCUGCGCUGGCACUCGGGAGAGAGACCCUUUGUCUGCACCUGGAUGUUUUGUGGGAAGAGGUUCACGCGCAGUGAUGAAUUACAGCGACACAGGAGAACACACACUGGAGAGAAGAAGUUUGUGUGUUUAGAGUGUUCGAAGAGAUUCAUGCGCAGUGAUCACCUGGCCAAGCACAUAAAGACGCAUCAGAACAAGAAGGGAGGGGGCGGAGCCGUGGUGGCCAGCGUGGGCGGAGCCGUGUCCUCGGACAGCAUCAUCACGACGGGCGGCACCACACUCAUCCUCACCAACAUCCAGCCCGGCACCAUGCAGGGCCUGGCCACCGUCAGCGCUACCGUCAACACGUCUAGCUCACAGGACCAGCUGAGCACAGCCGAGAUUCCUCUGCAGUUAGUGUCUGUGUCUGCCGGGGACGCGGCCGAGUGACGGUGGGGACGGCUGUGGAGACCACGCUUGAAGAGGACGAAACGCUGCUCUGGGAUGCAGCUGAAAAUUCUGUCGGACUGCCAAGGUUCCUGUACAACAUCACAUCCUCUUCUCCCGCAACCUGAGACUUCAUUUUGACUACAUCGAUUCCACGCUCACGCAUAUACCUUGCUUUUAUACCUUUACAUAUUUACCCUCCUUUACGUAAAUAUGUAUAUUUACGUAAAUGCAUAUAUACACACACAUAUAUAUAUAUAUAUAUAUAUUUUACAAAUAUAGAAUUAUUGGGGGUUUUGUUCGUCUUUUUAUGAGGGAAGCAUUAUUUCUUGUUUUCACAUACAACACUGAAAUGCCUUAUAUUGUAUUAUAAGCUGUCGUGUACAAAUCUCGAGUUCUUCAUGGGUGUCAAGCGUCUGUUUCAGUGUGUACUUGUUGGAAUGGGAAUAAUCAUGUUGUGUAAAGAAUGCAGCGGUGGUGACAAACGGGUGGCUGAUGUUAAAGGAGCAGCUUAGCCAAAAGUGAAAAUCCUCACAUUAUCUAUUCCCCCUCCACUAUGGCAUUCCAAACUUCUGUGGGUUCUUUGAGGGAAAAUUGAUUUCUUUCCACGUCUGUCAAGCUCCAGAAUGGACAAAAACUCCAUCAGAAUAGUCAAUGUGACUCAGAUGCUGUAUUCUAAAUCAUCUGAUAUUGUGUUGUGUGAGAAACAGACCCAAAAUGCAAGCUUUUAUAACUGUUCCUCCUCACACAAAGCUUCAGAAGACUGGGAAUGUAGCGUCUUCAGUCUGAACUAGUUGUCGUGGAGCGGGGGAGUAAGUAAUGGCAGACUUUCCAUUUGUGGGUGAGCUGUUGCUUCAUUUUAAUUAUAGGUCGUAAGUGAUAUUCGUGGUGAAAGUUCUCCAUACGAGGAGGAAGAUGUAAAACAUGAACUUCAGAGAGAAGCCUGCCAGUGUGCUCUUGGGAUUCAUGAAGGUGUCCAAUAGUGUCUUUACAUGUCCUCAUAAAAAUGCAUUUGAUUUAUUUUAUGUAGUUUUAUUCUGUGUAGGUAAACCCAGGCCCAACAAAGGGGAAAAAUAUGAAACAAUCAUGUAAUUAAAAGCAUUUUAUGUAUCGUAAUUCUCAAACCUCUUGGAGUUGAUCAGAUCUUUCAAUGUGAGUUUGUUGCGAAUGAAGUAUUUUUGGAGCAAAAUGAUAUUUAUAAUACAUUGAAACUUGGAUUUGUGGUGUCCACAACUGCUUUUCUAAGGAAAAAAACUCCCUUUGGCUUUACUUUUUUUUUAAAGAACUGGACGGUAAUCAGCAUCAAGAAUCAUUUGUAUGAAAUUAAUCUGUUUGUAGUUUGCCAAAUUGAAUUCGCACUCUUUGAUAAAAUAAGAGAGAAAACUUGAUUUAUGUCUGAUGGUUUGCAGCGUCUGUACUAUGUUUCAGGACCAAAUGAGCAGCACUUGAGUGUCUGGCGUCAAUCUAGCAGUGCUGUGUCCAAAUACUGCGGCCACCUUCAGUAACAGCCUAUUGGGAUGUAUUAAAGAGUGUCCGAGCCUUUUACCUUUUGCGGUCAAAUCACUGCCUAACCGUGUGAUGAUGCAGGUGACGCUCACGGUGGUCAAUAUGUAGGUUUUGAAUUCCCUCUCCUUCGUUAUUGCCGUGAGUCUGACGCCUUUAAUCACAGAGAGUGAUUGUCCUCAUAGGAGUUCGAUAAUGAACGUUUUGUAAGGAGUUCACAAGUUCUUUUAUUUGAAUACACUGCAGGUCAUCAGGGAGGAUGCACUUAUUUGCUGUCAGUCCAUGUACAAGUAUGGCUUUGUUUCCACUUGGUACUGUACAAUUAUUCUCCGCUUAUCUGUUUUUAUUCCUUUAGCUAAUCAUGGUUUUCAUGUCUCUUUAACUACCGAUUUUGAGUACCAUUGUCAAUUUUUGUGUUGGGGAUUUUCCCGUAGCCAAGUUCGUAACGAUCAGGAGUUUGAUUGAAAAGGUCCAGCAGGGUUCAUGGCAGAUAAUCAAACACUAUUUUGUUUUCUGAUUUGAUGAGGGUUGUUCUGUCACAGUGAUCCAGCAUUGCAUUUUUUUUGUUUUUAGUCUUUUGCUAGUUUGUGAAGUCUAAUAUGAUUUUGUUCAUUAUAAAUAGCAUCUUAACAUGUCACUUCUAUUUUUAUUUUGGUCAUUUUUCCAAGAAAGCUUCGGAUUAUUGUACAACGCCCACUUUUGAGGGCAGCUGUUUAUUUCACACUAAAUUGACUAAACAUA